UGGUUGCCCGAGAUUAGAAUGAACUUUGUCUCAGUUCCUCUUGUAAAGGAAACGAGGAUAUUGGCUUGAAUCUAUGGCUCAGUUUUUUGUUUUUUUGGGAGAAAACCUUAAAUAAUUCAUAUCUUAUCAAUUUUCUCCUACCAUUAAAAGGGUUUAAUGGUUACUCGAAACCGGAGUCAAGUGUGUGCUGACUACACGUAUGCGCUUUGGACACAGAACAGGGAAGGAGUGAAGGGACCCAGUUUGCAGUUUAUAAUUUGACAGUCUUCGGGGUGUCUAAAUAAAGGAAGUAGCCUUGAACUCAUCGCGCAGGGAGCCGAGCAGCAUGUAUGAGAGCAGAUCGGAUGAUGCUGGACGUGACCCAACUGGAUCCGAACCAGCGGUCUGUGACACCGACGCCCACGGCGGAAGUACGAGUGGACAGGGCGCCGUUGUGGAGCGACUCUCGAGGUAUGGCAUACCGGUCAUGCCCAGUGCUUUCCAGCGUAGGUCGAGGCUGCAGAGGCAGCUGGAGGUCACUGACAGCUCCGCUCCGGGGGGUCUUCAGAGGGAGGCUCCGGAGCGAGAGUCGCUCACACCCGCUAUGCGUAAAAAGUACAUGAAAGAGCUGCUCCUGAGCAAUCCGUCACACAGCGGGUUUAGCAGCGUGCUGUCACAGACUCGCAGCGUGUCCUCCGAGCAGGACGCGGGCUGGGCUCUGUAUCCAAUGGAGCACGCGUGGAUGCUGUCCUCCGUGGAGGGAAAUUACGACACCAUCCUGGAGUUCAUCUCCGAGGACCCCUAUCUGUUGACCAGGAAGGAUUUUGUCAGCGGGUACUCGGUGCUGCACUGGCUGGCCAAGAGAGGACAGGACGAGACUCUGCUUAAACUUUUGCAGUACGCAGAAAGUGCGGGGAUCCCCAUGAAUGUGAACGCGCGGGGCAGCGGCGGGCUCACCCCGCUGCACGUCGCCAGCAUGCACGGGCACUACAUGGUCAUCAAGCUGCUGGUGGGAGCUUUCAGCGCUGACGUCGACGCCAUGGACUACAAUGGGAGGAGAGCCUGGCAGUAUCUGAAGGGAGACGCCCCGCUGGAGAUGAGGGAGCUGCUAGGGACCUGGGAUGACGAGCACAGCUGCGGGUGUGCGCAAAAUGGCAAACAAAACGUGAACAACAACUGCGCCGGUGCAACUAACUUGACCACAUAUGAUGAGGUCGAUCACGGAGAGAUGGAGGCGGUGAACUCCUUUGACCGGACUCGGAGAGGUGGCAGCUCGAGGUUUGGGUUUAUAAGUAAGCUGCUACCCUCGUUUUCAUUUAUUCGAAACAAAAGCUGAAUGACUUCAAGCAUGUGCAUUAUCUCAUGCAGUUCACUGGCGCUUAUUGGGCUAUAUUUCUUAAAAAAAAAAGUGAAAGCAGCCCAGAAGCUGUUUUUAUGCAAAAUGCUCAAACAAGUUGACAGAAAUUCCAGCUGUACUUGCAGAAUUUUCUACAUGUGUUGAGGGACGUUUUUGGAGAUUUAACUAUGCGUGGAAAUAACUGAAUAAAAUGCAGAUUUUCAGUGAUCAAAAA